AGAAUAAUAAUUAAAAAUCAAUCUCGAUUUUUUCUUUGUAAUAAAUACGAAACUUCUAUCAGAAACCGAAACUCGCGAUCCAUUUAAAUCGGUAAGUUUCGCCUGAUAAUAACAAACAAACACCAAAGAUUUGGCUAGGUUUUUUUGACAACCGCUAUGGGAGGAGGAGCAGCCAUGAGAGCCGCUGGGAAAGUGGCGGGUAUAGCCGCGGUUAACAGUGGAAUCAGAGGAGGACUUUCCUCCGUCUCGAGUCCAGCUGAACAAUCGGUGAGAAACGCGAAACGCCCCGUAUCGGCGAUAAUAUCAUCAUCAUCGGCACAGCAGAAUAAGGUGCAAAAAGAGGGAUUUCAAGGGCCAGCCUUUGAGGUUAGCGAUGAUUGGGAAAUAGCCGGAUUUGAAGAAUCAGAGGAACUACAAUUGAUUGAACCGUUGCCACGCCUCGUGUUUGGUGGUCCACCUAGUCUUGAAGAAGCCAAAGCUGCUACUAGUGAAGUUAAAGAUGCUUUAGAGAAAGUGUAUCUGUCAUCCCCUGGUUUAGAGACUAAAAGCUGCAUCAUAAGUGAUGCAAGAGCAUCUUCUGCACCAACACAUGCUAUUAAGGCAUUUACAUUGCUCAAUCGGAGUCCUCAGGCACAGACUAUUGUUGCUUCUAUUGCCACAGACCCAAAUGUCUGGGAUGCUGUUUUAAAAAAUGGAGCUCUUCAGGAAUACCUUCUGUCUCAAAACACCAAUACUGAGUUCCAGGACCUGGGCUCUCCAGGGAUGUCCAGUGUAUCAUCUGAUGAUGCGAGCCAAGCCGAAAAGGUUGAAAAUGGUCCUAUGGAUAUAUUGGAGAGUAUCAAGCAUACUGUGGCUGAAAUGGUGAACAAUGUCUCUACAUUUGUUCAGCAAAUCUUUGGGUAUUCACCUGCGGAUAACAUUUCUGCAGCUGCUGAUGCGAAUGCCCGACCAUCCUUCAUUGAUAAGACCAUGGCAGCUUCUUUCAUGGCUUUGGCUGUGAUGGUCAUCAUGGUGGUGGUGCUAAAGAGAGGUUAGAGUUUCUUUGUCGGAAGCCGAUCCGUGAAUUUGCCGAGAAUACAGACUUUUUAAGACUUAAAUUCCUGUUUGGGUUUCUACUAUAAUGUAUAUACUGAAGUUUAUAGUUAUAUUAUAGUUGCUCAUCUUCUUUACCAA